CGUAACGGAGCCAGUGUCGAGAAAAGUGAAGAUAGUACAAGGAUUGACCUGGGUGGGUGGCAAGUAUGCUCGCGGGCACGGCCCAUCCUGAGUGACCAAGAGAGGGAGGCGCUCACACAGCGCAUUGCGCACUUUUGGAGCGUACAUUUCACGGACGCUGCUUCCAUGAUGAUGGCGAGCCAUGACACCAGAAAUUACUCUGAAGUUGGCGCUGGCUGUCCCAGCACGACUGGUCAGAGCACUAGAAGUGGCAUCGGUGAAGAAGGGGCCUCUGCCUCGGGCGACCACCCAGCUGAUCUGAGCAACGCAGGCCAUAAUUUCAUUCCACUCCCCGAAAUUCUGUUUGGAAAAAGCUUUCUGGAGCUCAGACAUUCUGUUAUCCCAGGGAGGAGUGAGGAGGAAGUGCUUGGGGACUCGAAGGAGGAAAUGAGGAGCGGUGCCCUCCCAGCGACAACUGAUUUCUGGCUCCGGUUUAACACCACGGGCGCUCUCAUUUCAUGGGCUGAGCGUCACGUUGACACAAAUGAGAAAGGAAAGGUAGAAGUGAUACGAGUGCCUGAAGCAAGUAGAUGGGCGGCGGGUCAUCUAGGGGCGGGUUUGCGGCAGGUCCGGUACGACUGGGUGUUCGGGACCGACUACGAGGGAGAGCUUCUGAGGAGGGUUAGGGGGGGAGGUCAGAGGGAUAAGGUGGAGGCGGAUCCUUGCGACACCCUAUUGGACGUGGAGGAGAGAAAGGAGCGGAGCGCAGGGCUGGAGUGGGAGGUGGCCGACGCAAGCGUCAUUGACCGCUCGUUGCUGCAAUGCCGGGACCAGCCGAUUCUGUUCUACGACGAUGUCACCUUGUACGAAGACGAACUGCAUGACCACGGCGUUGUCUCGCUCAACGUCAAGGUACGCGUCAUGCCAACGUGCUGGUUUGUGCUUCUGCGUUACUUUCUUCGCGUGGACGGAGUGCUCCUCCGGAUCCGAGAUACUAGGUAUUUCCAUCGCAUGGGCCAUGAGUGGAUUGGCAAGGAAAGUAGACGGAAAGAAGUCACAUUCGCACAACUUGCCGAGGAGGGUUUGUCGACGAGGACAUCUGAAUACCGAGAUGUCAAUGCAGUGGUCGGUAUGAUCGAUUCAAUCGGCCCUCCCGCCGAUGUAUGCUACACGCGCUUGGUCCUCCACGGCAUUGCCAGGAUUAUGCGGAAAGCAUCGACGACUUCAAUACGGCUUGCUGCGCCGCAGCAGCGCGCCUUGUGUUCCCCUCCGUCUUCCUCUUCUUCCGUCCCGCAUACUGCGCUCUCAUUAUCAUCCAGCAUUUACGAUCAUCACGGUCCUCACUCCAGCACGAAUGGAAACUCCUCAACAGCCAUCUCCCUUGCCGGUGCCGUCGCUGCUAUCCUGACUCUGACCGCCCUCACUCCCUCCCGUCAAGACGCUGGCACUUUUGAUGCCCGGCCGCCUGCGCGUCCCCAACGGGUAAAGUACUCUUUGUCCACAUACUCGGGCAAUGAAUUCAUCGAGGACCGGCACGAAAUUCGGGAGAUCGUGGGCGGGGACAUCUUUUGCGGCGUCUUUGAUGGGCAUGGGGGAUGGCAGGUGGCCGAGUAUGCCUCCGUGCACCUGAGCAAGAAUCUGGAGAUCGAGUUGGCGAACAUGGGCCACCGCACCGAGUCGGAGCAGGUGAUUAAAGCCUUGGUUCGAGCUUUCGAACGGACAGACCGGGGCGUCAUCCACAAGGUGCACCACGCCUUCGAAAUUGGCUUGGGUCAUGUAGCCAAGGUCGGUGCCUGCGCGCUGGCGGUGCUGAUCAAGGGCCACCACCUGUACGUGGCCAACGCGGGGGACUGCAGGGCUGUGAUUGGGAAGCGGUCGCCCCCGCCCACGGAGAAAGCGGCCGGUGGAAAGCGGGGAAAGAAAGCGUCCCCUGUCAGCGGGACUGGCCGAGGCGGAGACUACCACGCCGUGGCUCUCAGCGAGGACCACAACGCCAAACUCCCCAAGGAAGCUUCGGCGUUGGCACAAGCGCACCCCGGGGAGCCCGACAUUGUCAAGUGCAAGCACGCCAACGCGUGCUACGUGAAAGGCCGGCUGCAGCCCACCAGGGCUUUGGGGGACGCUUACCUGAAGUACUCGGAAUUCAACGGUCGGCCCAACCGCUCAGACUCGAGCGCAGGCCGGUACAUUGCCCCGCCCUAUACGCCGCCUUACAUCACAGCGACGCCGGAGGUGCGUGUAUAUGAAGACAUUUUGGACGACCCAAGUGCGGAGUUUGUCAUCCUUGCCUCGGAUGGCGUCUGGGACCUGUGUUCGAACGAGGAGGCCGUGCGUUUCGUAGGACGAGCCAUCGCGGACGGGGACUCCAUGCACGUAAGCCAGCGCUUGAUCGCGCACGCCCUUCAGUGUCGCGCCAAGGACUUGGGGAUGACGGUGGAGGAACUCAGGGCCCUGCCCCCGGGGAAAUCGCGCCGGUCCAAGCACGACGAUAUGACUGCCCUUGUCAUCAUGCUACAGGGUGGGGCGGCGGGGGUGGAGCCUGAAUGCGCGGCAGCCAAUCCACAGGACGGCAAGGUAGACACCAGCAUCGAUCCGACCAUACCACCGGAAGAGUGGGGAGAGGGGGGAACCGCGAUGGGGUAA